CUAUCUGGUUGCUAUACAUAUUCUUUAAUCUUUCUUAUUUAGAUAUAUCCAGAAAACUAUUAAAAAUGUAAAUAAGCUCUUAUUUCCUAUUUUUUUUUUUUGUUACUUCAAAAUGUUAAAAAUCGUUGUAAAAAAUUAUUCUUUUAGGAAAAACAGGUUGGAUUAUGGAAAGAAAGUCUUCUCUUUUUGUGUUUUAUUUUGCUUUUCUUUAAUCUCUGAAGUAGUAAGAUUAAAAGUGGUCUCUCUGAAUAGUGAAUCUAAGUAGGCCUUUGGCUAUAGAUUUCACUUCAUUUGGAAUUUACGAAGUUGGAGUUAAAUGGAGUUGUGGUUGUACUACUUUUUGUAAAAAAUAUUUGAAAUAAUGUUUAUUAUUAAAUGUACUUAAAUAUAACUUUAAAAGUGAAAUGAAAAACAUGUUAUAAGUUAGUAUUUUGCAAACUUGAAAUACAACUUCAAGUUGGAUCUCAAAUGUUUAUGAUCAGACGCUGAUAAAAAAAUUGAAUAAGUUUUAAUGUCUCUUUGGUGAAAUAGAUAUGAACUCAGCUUUGCUAGUGAGUGGUCUGAUUAGCUUUAGUGUUUUCGCUAUUCGUAGGUUGUUGUGUUAGUGGAGAACAUAGUUCAAAUAGUACUAAAAAAAUCUUUUAAUUUGGUUAUGUGGGGAUGUAAUUGGCUGUAGAAUUCUGACAAGAUCUCCCUUCACUUUUUGCCUUUUUGUUAAAAAGUCAUCAACCAUGCAAUUUGGCCAUUGGGUCCACUUAAUUUGUACUACAUGAACAGUGUUUUUAUUGCACUUAAACAAAUGGGUGCAUGCCUAAGUUGUUUAAAAAUUAAUUUAAAAAAUCAUUGCAGGGCUCCAAAUGACUUCUUCCUAGAUUCUUUUUCCCUUUCAAAGUAAUAAUUUAUGAUUUAUGUCAAAUAGCGAAGUUGUAAAUAUUUUUUCAUCUAGCUUUAUUAACUAAGCAUUUUUAAUCUUGAAACAACUAAGAGAAGUGCCAACUUAACUGAAAGUUGUUCACAAUCAAGUUCUAUCAUAGCCGUCCUUAGAAAGAGUUGUUGAUAUGCAGUUCUUCAACCUAGGAACUUAAAUCAAACAAAGCAAUUGUAUUGAAGAUUUAUCUAUAAGUUGACUGAAUAUAGAAGUUUUUGGCUUCUUCAAUAGUGAAUGAAGUUCCAGUGAAGGAUCAUGGAUUGUGAGAAUAAGGAUUCUGAGCUUAGAAAAGUCGGAUCAUCUCGCACAAGCAGUGCCUGUUCUUCUCUCAGGAGGCGUUCUUUAAGUUUAUCACUUUCUCUUCCUAAACAUCUGAAUGACGAUGACGAUGAAAGUGAAUCUGUAUCCGAAGCAGGAGAUAUCGGGGAUCGAGAGCUUCAUAGCAGUAGGUACAGUGGGAGUUUCAGGCUAAGAUUAAUUGGUGAAAAUGCACCAGAACAUGGAGUGGUUGUUCCCAUUUCAGAGGACAGUAUGUUGGAGUCUAACGCCAAUUCAUUAUGGUCUCGUGAUCCCAAUGCUAUGAGUGGUGUUACUCCCGAGCAUAAAAAGAAUGAUGAAAAAAUAGAGGUGCCAUGGAUUUUGGAGUAUGCUUCAUGUCUCUUGUUUCUAGCUGUACUAGGAAUAUUGGGGGUUUUGUUGAGGUACGGUCUCCAAAAAUUAUUCGGACCAGGAAUAGUUGGUGCCACAAAUGAUCAUAGUUAUAUGUAUCCCGACCUGCCUUCUAACAUGGUCGGUUCGUUCUUGAUGGGUUGGUUUGGUGUGGUCUUUAAAGAGGACAUUUCCAGAAUUUCAAGUCAAUUGGCAAUUGGAUUGUCAACUGGUUUUCUAGGAAGCCUUACUACUUUCAGUGGUUGGAACCAAAAAAUGCUCGAGCUUAGUGUUGGAGGGCAGUGGGUUUUUGUAGUUCUUGGCUAUCUUAUAGGUUUAUUUCUUGUUGCCUACUCGAUCAUAUUUGGAAUUGAGACUGCCAAAGGUGCCAACUGGCUCUACAAAAGAGCCAGUAUGAAUUCAUCCAACUUGGGCACCAACUACCAUUGGAGAGCAGAUAGCUGCAAGCGCCAUUUAAUAGUAAUACUUGUUCUACUAGUCAUUCUAGCAUCGCUCUGGGGGAUGAGCAUAGGACUGGAGGUAAAUGAAUUCAGCAGUGGCAGUACAAAAGCGCAGUUGUGGCUGGGCUGCAUAGUUGGUCCAUUUGGCGUGUGGAUUAGGUGGUUCUUAGCACGACUAAAUGGACGUGGUUUAGGAAAAUCAGGCUUGCUCAAAUGGGUACCUUUCGGAACUUUGAUUGCCAAUGUAUCAGCAGCUUGUAUCAUGGCAGCACUUGCAACCUUGAAGAAAGCAGUCAACACACAGACGUGUGACACUGUUGCUUCUGGUAUUCAGCUAGGAUUAUUGGGUUGUCUAAGUACAGUUUCAACUUUCAUUGCUGAAUUUCAUGCAAUGAGAGGAAGCAAGUAUCCAUGGAGGGCGUAUGUGUACGCUUUGUGUACGAUACUUAUAUCAUUUGUCUUGGGGACACUUAUAUACUCCGUGCCUGUUUGGGUUGAAAAUUUCAGCUAGAGGAUCAAUAAUACAAAAUCAAAGUCGAUGUCGGGGUGCUUUCAAAUAGUAAGUUGUUCUCAGCAGAUCAGAUCUUCAUAAUUUGGGCUGUUGAGGUCCUUAUAUAUCUCAUGGCAAAUACAACAGUUGGCUGUUUCCCAGCUCCAAAGAAACAAGAACAAAUACAAGAGAGUGUUACAAAAUUGGGAAAUGAAAAAUCUUACCCUGAAUACGGGUAAUUAAUCAAGUGGACAGUUUAAGGAUGCAAGUUCCAGAUCGUAUUAACAACUGUUGUAACUUCAUACAUGUUACCUUCUCAAAAAGAAAAAAGACAACUGUUGUAAUUGGAGGUAAAAUUUAAUCUCAUAUUGGCAUAAGCAUUUUAUUA